UGGGUGACAGAUUGUGAAAGAAAGCAUGAUGGUGCACCUUAGGUCUUUCUCCUGGAAUGAAAACUUUCCUUUACAGUAUUAUAUGGAGUCAUUUAAAACAGAAAACAAAACUUAACCUGCAUAAGUUUUAUAUAUAUGAAAGAAUAAUACAUGUGCAUUUUUACAUUAAAGGUGGAUGAAGGCAGAAACAUAUUUCAAGGAUGCAUUGAGGAGAAUUCAGGUGUGUGAAAAACAAACAAGUGUACCAGAGAAAUGGGAGCCCUUACUGAACAAUCUUGGACACACAUGUAGAAAACUCAGAAAACUUGAUGAAGCAUUAGAAUAUCACCAGCAGGCUCGGAUCUUAGACCCUCAGAGUCCCUCCACCUACUCUGCUAUAGGCAUUGUGUUAGCUUUAAAAGGGGAAGCAAUCGAGGCAGUAGAUUAUUUUCAUAAGGCUCUAGCAAUUAGGAGAGAA